AUGAAAGCCCACGGUCGACUCCUAGUAAUCACAGUCAUUCUCAUCGCUGUUUUUGUGGACAAAUCACUCUCGAAGCCACUCCCGGGAAAUGGAAAAUGCCCUCAUGGAGAAGGCGGUAGCGGAGAUGUCGGGUUUGGAGAUGGCGCUUAUCGUUACGAAGAUUUUGGACACGACGGUCUUGGACACGACGCUCACGGACUUUAUGUGGCUUUGGAUGACGGCAGCGACAGCAGCGACAAUACCGACGAGCACAUCGGCGAUCCUUGGGUCGGAGAGCUUGAAUUUACUUCCCACCUUUUAGCAGAAGACGCGCAUCCGCACGACUGCACCGGCAGCAGCAGCGGUAGCAACAAGGGCAAGGGCAUCGUCCCCUACCUGACUGACAAGAUCAAGUCUCUGCCCUUUUUCAAGCCUCGCCCCUUCACCGAGAAAGAGGAGAAGCAAAGAAAAAAAUUCAACAAGACAAUGGUUGGCCUCAUUCACUAUUUUGAGGUUCUCUAUCGUUGGGAAUGCUCGAAGCCAAAUGAAUAUGCUGGUGAUCGAUACAGAAUCCUCUGGGAAUCACUUGCGACACAAGUUUUUAAGGCGACACCGCGAGUCAGGAGGGAGAUGAGGAAGUUGGCGAAGGACGAAGAAGAGUGGAAGCAGUGGAAGAGUGGACACGAACCUGAGGAACUCGAAGAAAAGGGACAUUUCAAAGUCGAACCUAGAGAGGUCAGCAUUCCCGAACCUUGUGAGGAAACCGGAAGCUCGUCGCAAAUUCACCAUUAG